UCCGUUGCAUUUCAAGAGAAGAUAAUCACCACUAAUACCGCGGCACAGCAGAGGUCACAGCCUAACAUUAUGACUGCACGUGUGCUACACGGUCCCCCAUUGAGAGGAUGGGAGGCGCUCCGCGAUGAGCCGGUGAACAGAGUCCCUUUGAUAACUGAGCCGAACAAUGCUGCCAAGUUUUAUUAAAAAAAAUCAUUUUAAAAUUUCCAAUUUCCAAGUCUAACGCCUAAGGGGAAGGCAACAGAUGAAGGGAGCUUUGGCAUCGGGGAAGAAAAUUAUGGCUCAAUCAUAUCGUUGAUGACCAUGAUUGAAUGAACUGGGUAAAAUAUACUUUUUUGACCAUUGAAAGGGCGCAGUUAAAGAGGAAAAGAGAUGGGUGUGGGGAAAAAGUUGUCUCCUUGACGGGCUUUGCAUUGUUACCCAAGAGUCCAGACCCCGACUUUCUUUCUGUCUCCCUUUCUUAUUUCUUUCUCACACGCUUCGUAUCCUGCGGAUUUGAGGGGCCUUCGCCUCAUAUUUUAUUUUUCGGUCCCUUGCAAGUUUCAUCACACUUUCGACCGGAGCUCCGAUAGAAAUGCUUUCGCAUCGGUCGUCUUCAGGUGGCAGGGCCGAGGUCCUCGAUCUAGAAACUGCCGUGAAAGAUGGGGUUUUGGACGGCAAAACUGCUCGACCCGGUGGUGUUUGCGGCGAUGGUGAGAAAAUAGAUCUGACGGUGUUGAUUGAGGAGCUGGGCUCGGUUGAUGUGCCCUCCGUGUUCGUCUGUCCAAUCUCUUUAGAGCCUAUGCGAGAGCCCGUCACCCUGUGCACGGGUCAGACCUACGACAGAUCCAACAUUCUCAAAUGGUUCGCCCUCGGUCAUAAUACGUGCCCCACAACGAUGCAGGAGCUCUGGGACGAUUCCGUGACGGUGAACAGGACUCUCAAUCAAUUAAUCCAUAGUUGGUUCUCCCAGAAGCACCUCUCAUUGAAGAAGCAGUUCCAGGAUGUGCAGGGACGAGCCCUGAAGCUCUUAGAGACACUCAAGAAGGUGAAGGGUCAGGCCAGAGUUCACGCUCUUCGUGAUCUCAGGCAAAUUGUCGCGGCCAAUGCGUCCACAAGGAAGACGGUCCUGGAAAACGGUGGGCUUGCUUUAAUUUCUUCUUUGCUGGGUCCUUUCACUUCCCACGCGGUCGGGUCCGAAGCGAUUGGAAUUCUAGUGAAUUUGGAUUUGAGUUCAAAGUCGAAGAGAAGUCUGAUGCAACCGGCGAAGAUAUCAUUGUUGGUCGAUGUCAUGAACGAGGGAACCAUUGAGACCAAAAUGAACUGUGCCAAAUUGAUCGAAGCAUUGUUGACGGAAGUGAGCGAGUCGGAAACGGAGAUUGUGUCGAGCUUGAGUCUUCUGGUUGGAUUAUUGAGGUUGGUGAGGGAUAAGAAACACCCAAGCGGGGUCUUAACCGGACUCAUGCUACUGAAGACUAUCUGUUCUCACGAAUCAGUGAGAAGCUCCAUAGUAAGUGUGGGAGCGGUGGCUCAGUUGAUCGAGCUCCUUCCAAGUUUAAACCAUGAGUGCCUGGAGAUAGCCCUGUACAUUCUAGAGUUAUUGUCAACUCUUCCAGAGGGAAGACUGGCAUUGAAGGAGUGCCCGAACAUCAUACCCAAUGUGGUGAAGUUAAUGAUGAGAGUAUCAGAGAGCAGCACUCAAUUCGCACUGUCAAUUUUGUGGGCUAUCUACAAGCUGGCCCCUGAAGAAUGUGCUUCGCAGGCCGUGGAGGCAGGUUUGGCACCCAAGCUGCUGCUCGUAAUUCAGAGCGGUUGCAACCCGGUGUUGAAGCAGAUGUCUACAGAGUUCUUAAAAAUGUGCAGUCUCAAUUACUCCACGAGUCUCUUGGUUUCUAAAUGCAUGCUCACCAGAACAAUACGAUGAAAAUUGUAGAGCAGCUUGUUCAUAUUCCUUCCCGGUCAUAUUUUAGCUCAACCAACCGUUUUCUUUGCCACCCUUGCUUUGUGCAUAUUAAACUACAUAACUUUCAUAUUUAUCAAGUGUCAAAUUGUUUUCCCCUUUCCUUUACAAGUCAUUGCUUGUGUAAGUCAUUGCCAAUCUGCGGUAUGUGACUAUUUUCCGGCUCUCAUCUAUGUCGUAAACAAUUCGGUUAGAAGUUGAACUGUGAUAGGCUGAUAGCGAAGUUGAUUAAUAUGGACUUUUUCUUCUUCUU